GUGUGGGGAGGCGGAGAGCUGUCCCACCGCGCAGGGGAGGAGGGGGAGAGCGGCGAGGCGAGCCCUUCAGGCCGGAGAACGUUUCACCGGAGCCAGGCCCGUCGUUCCCGGAGGGGCUCCUCCCCCUUAGGGCUCCGGUGGCGGCGGGGCGGCCUGUGCGGUACCGCUGGGCCCGGUGCGGCGCCGGAGGGGCGACAUGAGCACGUGCUCCGUCUCCAAGGGAUGCUUUGUUUUUAAACCAAGUCCCAAGAAGAGAAGGGUGUCUCAGAAAACAGCUGUUUGUUUUGGAGAAAGGGAAGAUGAUUCGGAGGAUGCCAAUUUGCGAUUUGUUACUUGUCAGUCUUUAUGGAAUGAGAUCAAAUCCGCAACAGAGCAAAUACAGGAAGACUUGAAUCAGCAGUUCUUUGAUAACCUAGUAAGUUUUUUGAGGCGGUCUCAUUCGGAGUUCCAAGAGAAGACCACAGAAUGGACUUGUCAGAUGAAGUCCAGGGAAAUCCCUACUGCAGCUCUUGUCUUAGGUGUAAAUGUGACAGAUCAUGACUUGACUUUUAGAAGUCUCUCAGAAGUCCUUCAGAAUACCAUUACUCCUUAUAUAGCCUUGCUGGAAGCCAAAGAUUGCCCAGGCAUAAAAAAUCUGAUGCAGAAGCUGAUGGGGCAGCUGAUGAACUGCUACGUAGAUGUGGACUCUCUGGAAGAUGAGGACUGUGUGCAGGUUUCCCAGAACAGAAUACGUUGUUCAAUGUCUUCUCUUAUCAACUGGUACAAUAGUGUAACUAAGAAAACAGAUUCUGAAACUCCGAGAAAAAAAAGAACUUCCUCUUCUAGACACUGGCAAUCUCCUCCGGUUGUAGUUGUAUUCAAAGACAUGGAAAGUUUCAGCACAGAAGUACUUCAAGACUUCAUAGUCAUCAGCAGUCAGCAUAUCCACGAAUUACCUCUAAUCCUGAUUUUUGGAAUCGCUACAUCUCCAAUGAUUAUCCACAGCUCGCUUCCUCAUUCCGUGUCCUCUCUGCUGUGCAUAGAGCUUUUCCAGUCCCUUUCCUCUAAGGAGCACCUGUCUACUAUAAUUGACAAGCUGCUUCUGACGGCCCAGUUCCCCUUUAAAUUGGGUGAGAAGGUUCUGCAGGUUCUCAUCAACAUAUUCUUGUACCAUGAUUUUUCUGUCCAGAAUUUUAUCAAAGGAUUUCAGCUGUCUGUUGUGGAGCACUUCUACACUCAGCCUCUUAGUAUACUGUGUUGCCAGCUGGUAGAUGCUAAGAAUAGAGUAAAUUCUUUAUCACACAAUCAGUGUGAAAACAUUCGAAGACUGCCCUCUUUUAGAAGGUAUGUGGAAAGUCAAGCAUCGGAGAAACAGAUUGCACUGCUGACAACAGACAGCUACUUAAAGGAAAUAAUACAGAAGUUGCUGGAGGACUUGCAUGUUUACCAUGAAAAUUAUGUUUCAGUUCUGAGAUGCCUUCAUGUUUUCACAUCUUCUCUUCCGAAGUAUCCUUUGGGCAAGCAGAUCAGGGAGCUGCACUGUGCAUGUUUGGAAAACCAAGUGUGGGAGACAGAGGAGUAUGAGUCAUCUCUUCAGCUAGCAAGGAUGUUGAAUAAGUCUGAUUUGGUAACCAUGCUUCAACAAUGUGUGGAAAUUUUUGUGUCAUCUUCUGGAAAGGAGUUUGAUAAGACAGUAGAGAAGUUGAAGGAGUUCUUGACCCAGUUUCAGAAACUAGAAGAAGGAGAAGCUUUCCAAGAACAAGAUGUGUCCGUGUCGUCACAAAAGGAACUCCAGAAGAAGACAGACCUUUAUCACCUUCAGAAGACCUUGUUGGAGUUGAAGGAAUCGAGGAGGUCUAAGAAACUGACAAAGUUUGAAAUGCUUCGUUUUGAAGUUGUUGACUAUAUAGACAGUCUCGUAAGAAAUUACCUUGUUCCUGCAGACCACAAGACUCUGCACGAGAUAGUGUAUUUCAACACAGCCAGCGUUCUCCGGGAGCACCUCAACGCUGCCCCGAGGAUUGCGCUUCAUACGGCUUUAAAUAACCCCUACUGGUACCUGAAGAAUCAAGCUUUGAAAAGCGAUGGAGGAAGCAUCUCUAAUAAGGUGCCUGACAUCUGCAUAGUCUAUAAGCUUCAUUUGGAGUGUGGCAGAUUGAUUAAUCUCAUGGAUUGGUUAGAGGCUUUCUCAACCGUGGUGAUGGCAGCUGAGGGACCCAACGCAGAUGCAGCUUCCUCAGACCAGGUGGAUGAUGUUAUCCACGCUCGUUUUAUCCGAGCUGUUUCCGAACUGGAGCUCUUGGGCUUCAUAAAGCCCAGCAAGCAGAAAACUGACCACGUGGCAAGGCUGACGUGGGGAGGCUGUUAAUGUGCCACCCCCAUCUUAAUAAACCUGUUCUUUCUAACCUUGUGCAACGGCCCUGUUCCCACUGAACCAGUCCCGGGUAACUCCGAGCGCUGAGUCAAAGUCACCCAGGAUCCGCUCUGAGGGCCUGGAUAGACUUGACUAAACAAUGUUGGGUUUUAAUACUCAGCCUCCCUCAUGGUAAUGCUCGUGGUCCAAAUACCAUAGUUUUGUGCCAGUUUUAAUCAUAUUUAACACUGUAGUGAUCUGUUUCAGGCUAGGAAGCCAAAGGGACAACGCUGGUGGUGUAAGCUGCAGAAGUGAUGAAGCAGUCCUAUUAACUUGCUUAUAAGCUGACAGGAUUUGAGUCAUCAUUAUGAAAUGCCUUCCAGAUCCUCAAACAUUACAGAUUUAAAAAUAAAUAAAACCAGUACGCUAAAAAAGA